AUGCUGUGUGACGUGGACCAGGUGACGGCGGUGCGGUUCAUUCUGCGGCAGCCCUCCCCGGUCUGGCUCCACUUCACCAUCGAGGAGCUGCAGAUUUUUCCCCCUGGACAGAAGGAGCUCCCUGACCCAGAGAAGGUGUCGACAGAGGUUCAGCAAAUGUGGGUGCUGACAGAGGUGAUCCGUGCUCGCCAGGCUGCUGCCCGCAUCGGGCGCUUCGAU